AUGUCGAGGAAGAAGUUGGACAUUGCCGUAAUUAAAGCGGAACUAUUGCCCUCCGGUAAGCAAUAACGAGGUUUAGUUUUGACUAUACGAGUACGUACGGCAAUACGUACGAAAUUUUUCCCGCCAAAAGUAUGGCCACCCGUCACACAGCUGAGUUUGGCAAGUUGUUCUCUUUAGUACGAACGGCAACGGGUUUUUAAAAGUAAAAAACGUGCAUAAGUAUACCUUUUCUUUAAAAAUUUGUUUAAAAUUUCGUAUAUUCAACAGUAGUUCGACCACAACAUGCCAGUUUUGGAGGACUUAGAAUCUCACUGACGUUAAAUUUGAGAUUUGGGCACACGUGAUGAAUUGGGGGGGGGUAGGAUGAAAACGGUGGCCCGCCUGAAUGCGCUCUGGUCCUAACUUCCUAACAUUACUUCAUUUUCUUUCUGAAGACAUUACCAAUUUAGAAUUUAAACGUCCUUCGAAUUUCGAAUACAAAGCUGGACAAUGGUGCCGCAUCGCUUGCCAUAGUCUGGGGCAUGGAGAGUACCACCCCUUUACCCUCACAUCAGCCCCACACGAGGACAACCUCAGCCUCCAUAUCAGAGCCGUGGGACCCUGGACUAUCAACUUACGUCACAUAUACGAGAGAGCUAAUUUGGAAAGAUCUGGAUACCCGCAGGUUGGAGAUUUAUUUAUAUAAUAUAUAAUAUAUAAUUUAUUCUAUCGAAUAAAAAUUGCUGGGGGAGGUGGGUGGCAUGCCCCAGACCACCUAGUUGACUCGUGGCUGCUGUUCUUGGCUCAUGCCUUCGGUGCUCGCGUACAAACCUGGGGAAGGGCAAGGAAAAUGGACCCUUUGUCAGUUUUGCGCCACCACUGAAGUAUCCUUCAAAAAUGCAAUGUCAUUAGAAAACCUCGUAUUUUUAGCCAGCUUGCUGCAUUCCGGGUUUUCGAAAUAUAAAAAAAAGUCGAUCAUAUCCACAUUUCAUUAGAGAAGAACAUUUUGAAAAAGCAUUAUUAAAAAGUGACGGCUAAAUGCCCCGGCCAUGAUGGGUUUCGGUGGCGCAAUCGUCAAAACAAGCGCCUUUCAAUUCAGCUCUGAUAUCAUAUGGCUUCGAUUUACACUGCGGACACAUGACACUUAUUUAAAAGGCUCUACCGAAACGCUCUACCGAAAUUUUGAGUUUUUCCUGGGUACUCAAGUUUCGUCCCACAGGAGGAAAUGUUCACAGAGUUGAAUAGAAUGACCCCCUAACUGACCCUUCCACCGUAACUGUACUCCGUGAUGAGAUAUGGGUCAUAAUGUGGCUGACAAAGGGGCCGUUAGUAAGCCUUAGACUGGAUCAGGAUAGCUUACGUCCUUCCCAAUUCAGCUUAGCUCCCGGAUGCAAGUAAGGAUGAUUUGCACACACCUGACUACUUACAUAACCUAGAAAUCACCAUGCAGUUACUGAUGUAUUUUUGUCACUAUUGCUGUACAAUUGUAUUAGUUGUACGUAGAUGGGCCAUUUGGUGAAGGACAUCAAGAUUGGUAUCGUUACGAAGUGUCAGUUUUGGUAGGAGGAGGGAUUGGAGUCACUCCAUUUGCUUCAAUUUUGAAAGAUAUUGCUCACAAAGGAACAUUGAAGUCUACAUUCUCUUGUAAGAAGGUAUCAGAAUUCACAAAUAUGCCUGAGGUACUUUUCCUUAAGGCGCAUUUCCACUCAAGAAAAAUUUACACGGACAGAACAUUUCCCGAAAAUAUCAUUGUUAAAAGUUCAAAAUUUCCAACUUCAUAUUUUUUUCCAACCUAAAUUUUCUUUCCGCGGGAAAUUUCCCUGAGUGCAAAUGGGUCUUUACACAGUCUGCCAGAACCGAAGUUCGGUCUCUAUGUUGACAGGAAAUAUCCCGACAUUUCCAAUUAGCAAGUUUUUCGACUGGUUUUAAAACAAAGUGUGAACAAUUUCGCCUGGAAAUACGCUAAUUACUUUGAUUUUGAACUUGACGUUUAGGUGUAUUUCUUGUGGGUUACAAGAAGUCAAAAGCAUUUUGAAUGGUUGACAGACAUUAUACGUGAGGUCGAAGAAAAAGAUUCUAAUGAUCUUGUCAGUGUUCAUAUUUUUGUCACUCAGUUUUAUCGUGAGUUUGAUUUGAGAACGACAAUGUUGGUAAGGAAUUUCACUUGCUGAUGCACAUGUAAAAUUGCUCGAAUUUUAUACAUUAUUAUUCAUUUCUUUCUUUAUUUAUUUCUUCCAGUAUAUAUGUGAACGCCAUUUUCAAAAGAUGUCCGGCAAGUCAUUGUUAACCGGACUGCGAUCUACAACUCACUUUGGCCGACCCGAUUUUCUGCCAUUUUUAGAGUCUCUAUCGACAACCACCCAUCCGUGGGUAAGCUUAAUAUUGUUAUCAAAAAUGUAUUAUUAUCAUCAAAUAUGAAGUGAAGGCUACAAACUGAGAAAACUGUAGAAACUUUGUCGAAAUCACAAAAAUGCCUUUGUCUCGAAAUUAUAGUAGACGAAUGGCCUUCGCAUGAAACGGUAACGUUCUUUCUGUAUUUUUGAGGUAGCCGCAUCAUCUACAGCUUUCUCAGUUAAUGUACUACUUUGCAAAAUUGUAGCGGGAGCAAGCUUCUCCCUCAGCUCCUCUUGGUUCCUAUACGCCAGAGGAUAUAUCAAAAGCUUUAAAGCUGUUUUGUAAUGAAGUAUACCGAGUGCACGAGGUUUUAAAAUACCGACGAUAAUGUUUAUAAACGAUAUAUAUUUCUUGUUCAGGCUUCAAAAAUCGGCGUGUUCAGCUGUGGUCCCCCUUCGAUGACGAAGGGUGUCGAAAGUGCGUGUACGGAGUUAAAUAAAACUGAAGGAGCUGCUUUCAUUCAUCAUUUUGAAAAUUUUUAA